UCUAUACACUACAUGGCUGCAAAACUUUUGAUAAAAAGUCAACCUGAUUGCAUGGACCAAUAUCCAACUCUGGAUAUCAUUGACCAAAUAACCAAAAUUAGUAUUGAAUCCAAUGUCAUCUCACCUUACACAGCCUACAUAGCAGUCUAUAAAGAUGGCAAAGAACCUGUCCAGGGGACCAUGUUAUGGCAGGAUGCCCCACUUGCUGAUUUUCGAUACAUGCGUGGUGGCUACCUACAGACUAGCUGCUAUUAUAAAGUCUCUCCAUUUGGGUGUUUCGGAUACUGCUUGGAAGCACUUAUAAGCUUUUCGUGUUGUCGAUGUACCUCAGGACAUUCAGCACUGUCGGACAAUAAGGAAGAUCAAGUGAUGGUUUUGAUUAAUCUACAAAAGGCCGAUGGUUCCUGGAACAUGGAUAAAACCCUUGCUGAAAUUUUCAAGUCUACAGAGAGUGAAAUAAAGAGCAGCAUCCCUGUUAAGAAGGUGGAUCCCACUCUUUGGGCAACACUUUUAUCUCUAAUAUGGCUUCAUGGUCAUGGCACAAAUGUUAAAGAUGAUUGUGAACUCCUUGCUUCAAAGGCUGUCACCUGGCUGAAAUCUAAGGCAACAGUUAUCAACUUGAAAGAGUGGAUGAAGGCUGGCAAUGUUUUUCUGAAAACAGAGGUAGAACCACGACAGCUAGGGCUCUGAAAGGACUCACAUGUUCAUUCACUCAAAGAGCUGCACUCACCAUUUUUGUGACUUAUCUUCAUGCUUUAUAAAUGCAAUAAUGUACUUAUUUAUAAAGAUAUGUAAUUUUUAAAUUCUAUAAUAGUGCUAUUUAAUGUAAUCAUAAAUAACUACAUCCAAAGUGCUGCUGAACAAAAGUGUAAGCAUUUGUACUGAUAAAAUAAUUGUUUGCCAUCACUAAAACUGUAACAAAUUCCUCUAUUUUCAUAACCAGUCAGUACAUAGAGGAAUGCAAGCGUAACUGUGAUUUUCAGUAUAAUUAUAAAUAUGCAAUAAUGAGACUUGCUUUCAAGAUGCUGAAUAUAUUAUUGUAAUGCAAUAAUCCCUAAUUCUAAAAUGAAUUAGGUGUUACACAUUGGUUCACAGUAUGAUUAUUUCACAGCAGUAAAGCACUUUGAUUUGUAAAAACUUCUUGCUAUGCAUGAAUUAUUUUAAGUAUAGCAACUCACUGUACAAAAAAGUAAAAUACUAACAAUCAAUGCUAGAGCCUCCCUACUACUAAAUACCAUUUUACAAAUAAAAUACUUCCCCCAGCUGUUUAUAAUAGUUAAAACAGCUUCCUAUUCCCUUUUGUUGCCUUACUUUUCCCUGCACUCAUGUGAGAUUGCUUAAUCCAGGACUGUCCUCAGUGCAUGGAACUUUAGUUGAAAAUGUUAGGCAGAUUGACAAUCUGAGACAGUUCAAGAAAACACUCUAGCCAGCUUUUUAAAGAAAAAACAAAAAUGCAGCUGCUUGAGAGAAACUAACUGUAUUUAGUUCUAAAUAUAUUAAUCCUUCCCUUAUUUCUUAGUAUCACAUAAUGUUAACUAAUGAGAUAAGUGUAACAUAAAUCUGAAUUUGUACUGCUUCGAGGUUGGAUGGAAGGAGAAAUAAAAACAAUGUUUUUAUACUAACAAAACAGACUGGAGGAUGCAGAAGAACAAAAUGAAAUCCACACGGUUAGCAUAAUAAAAACGUUUAAACUAUGAUUUCAUAACCAAACUUCUUCAGAAUAAAAUGUACAUUCUCUACAUCAGCAUUUCCCAACCACCGGGCCACGGACCAGUACCAGUCCAUGGAGCACUUGGAACCGGGCCUUCAGGUAAGGUAAGUGAAUGCCUGUAUGAGUGUGUAUGUGUCUGUCUGUGUGUGUGAGUGAAUGUGUGCAUGAAAG